GGGCUCCUUUGAAAAGAUUUGCAAAGAUCUCAAGAAAUUAUAGAUCCUCAGAAUCUCUCUUUUUCCACCCCUCCCUUUCUUUUAUUUAUAAUCCCAAAUCUUUCUCUUUACUCCAUCAUUUCAUUUCCUUUACUUAUAAACCAUCUCUCAUUUCUCUCAAACAUUACUCUAAAAUAUCAUUUAUUCUCCGAUCAGAUGGCAGCGGCGGCCGGUGAGGUGUUCAGGCAGAGUUUGCCACAUGGGUUUGGUGUUUCUGCUAAUGGUACUGAGGAACUUCAUGUUCUUGCUGUUGAUGACAGUCUUGUUGAUAGAAAAGUUAUUGAGAGGUUGCUCAAGAUUUCUUCUUGCAAAGUUACUGCUGUUGAUAGUGGAACUAGAGCUUUGCAGUAUCUUGGAUUGGAUGGAGAUCAAAGCUCUGUUGGGUUCAAUGAUUUGAAAAUUAAUCUGAUUAUGACCGAUUACUCCAUGCCUGGAAUGACUGGAUAUGAGCUGCUUAAAAAGAUUAAGGAAUCAUCAGCUUUCAGAGAAAUACCUGUUGUGAUCAUGUCAUCUGAGAACGUUUUGACUCGAAUUGACAGAUGUUUGGAAGAAGGGGCAGAGGAAUUCUUAGUCAAACCCGUAAAGCUUGCGGAUGUGAAGCGAUUAACGAAUUUCUUAAUCCGAGGGGAAGGAGAAGAGAAGGAAAAGGAAAAGAGAAAUCUUUUGAAGAGAAAUAUUGAAGAUGAUCUCUUUCCAUUAUCUUCGCCAUGCUCUACUUGUGAUCCAGCAUCAUCGGAGCCACCAUCAUGCUCUUAUUCAUAUUUAUCGACCAAUAUAGCUUCGAAAAGGCCUAAAUUGCUGAGCAGAGACUGAACUACCAGCAAUUGGAGUUUUUUUGUUCAAACCUUUGUUAAUACUGAUCGAAUCGUUACUGCAUAUAUACUAGCUAACUCGAGUUGACCCGAAAAACCUGCCACUAGGACAGGAAAAGCAGAGAUAGAUGAUAUGAAUUAGUUGCGAGAAAUAUUUGUAGAAUUCUUUUGUUAUGAUAGUGCUAAAGACAAAUUUCGUUAUCAA